UAAGUCACUUAGAACCAAAAAACUUUCUUGAUUCAACUAAUUAUACCUCUUCAAACGAUGGCAUUUCAUCGCCGCCAUUCCCUUUUCUUCUUCUUACUCAUCACACUGUCAUCCAUAACGAACCAUGCAGAGGCGCGCCGUCUCCUAGAGUCAUCGCCUGUGCCUGAGGUUCCCAAGCCCGAAAUCCCAUCUAUACCCAAGCCUGAGCUGCCACCGUUGCCUAAGCCUGAGAUUCCAACACUGCCAAAGCCCGAGCUUCCAACACUGCCAAAACUAGAGGUACCUGUGUUGCCAAACCCCGAACUUCCAACACUACCCAACCCAGAGGUACCGACAUUGCCUAAGCCAACACUCGAAAAAGCUGAAACGCCAAAGCCUACUCUUCCUGAAAUACCAAAGCCUCAAAUGCCAGAGCUACCAAAGCUCCCAGAAUUGCCAAAACCUGAGAUCCCGGCUGUCCCUAAGCCUGAGGUACCAACAGUGCCAAAACCUGAGGUCCCAACUUCACCUAAGCCUGAGGUUCCAACAGUGCCGAAACCUGAGGUACCAACUUUGCCUAAGCCCGAGAUCCCGACUUUGCCUAAACUUGAACUUCCAACACUACCCAAACCAGAGGUACCGACAUUGCCUAUGCCAACAUUAGAAAAAGCUGAAACACCAAAGCCAACUCUACCUGAAAUACCAAAGCCUCAAGUUCCAGAAUUGCCAAAACCAACGGUGCCAGAGCUACCAAAGCUCCCUGAAUUACCAAAACCUGAGGUCCCGACUGUCCCUAAGCCUGAGGUACCAACAGUGCCAAAACCUCAAAUGCCAGAGCUACCAAAGCUCCCAGAAUUGCCAAAACCUGAGCUUCCAGCUGUCCCUAAGCCCGAAGUUCCAACAUUGCCAAAACCUGAGGUCCCGACUUUGCCUAAGCCAGAGAUGCCAAAGUUGCCUGAACUUCCAAAGAUUCCAGAAUUGCCUAAAUCAACUUUGCCAGAAGGACCCAAAUCCCGUUGAUUUGUUUCGAUAGAGGAACAUGACAUCGGGAAUCAAGUUCCAGAGAUCCACUUACAGUGGAGGGAUGCAUAAUUCUGGAAUGAUCGACUUAUAUUGUCGUUGCUGUUUUCUUUUCUUAUUGUUUUCCAAUUUGUCCUUCUAUUAUAUGUAAGCUUGCUUGUAUGUUCUGGUUGUUUACAGUUUUCAAUUCUUUUUUAAUGUCAUUUAAUAUAGAUUCAUGAUUGA